UUUGACCUCAUUGAUGAUCAAAUUCUCUACACAAUCACAUCAGCAACAUCUAUCUCACCAAAUGCACCAACGAUGAUUCAAAUCGACAAUAUAUGCCUCAACACCGUGAACAUGUAUUACUGUGAGCAAUCAGUCAUCUCUAAGCUAAAAAACCCUCACUCCGAAAUUGCAACAUUAGCCAAAAUCGCAGCCUUCAACGCAUUGCACACCACAAAAAAAAACAAUAACAUGUCUUCCAAUGAGUGUACUAUGUUCUUUAAUAUGAUCUCUAAGACCCAGCUACGUACUUGUCUUGCGACGUACAAUAAUGUUGAGAAGCUUAUGGAAGGUGCUUAUAAGGCAAUGCUUCAGAAUGAGUAUUCGGAAAUGAGACGUUACCAAUCAACUGUGCUUGGUGUGCUUGAUAAUUGUAAAUCAGAUUUUGACCUUAUGGUGCGUACAAAUUGGUGGGUUAGGUUAAUGAUCAAUAUCUCUAUAUUUGCAUCUCGUAAGCUCCCUGCGCCCUAA